UUCGCUUUUUCAUAGAAAAAACACGCGGUGCAACAUUUAAAUUCUUUUUUUUAACACUAAAUUAAUUUAUAUUUAAACUAUAAAAUGGGAAAAACUAAAAAGAAACAUCCUAAAAAACGUACCGCUGCCUUUAAGGAAAGUGAACCAAGUGAAUUGGUUGAGGCACCACAUUCCUUUAUCAUACAUCGCGGUCUAUCCUGUCCGUAUAUAACGGAUUUAACUUUAGAUUUUCGUCGUAUUAUGGAACCCUUUACGGCCAGUGAAUUGAAAGAAAAGAAAAUGAAUCGUAUUAAGGAUUUUGUGGCUGUUAGUAGUUUCUUCCAUGUCUCACAUAUGGGGAUUUUCAAUAAGGCCGCCACACAAUUGUCCUUUAAAGUUUUGAGGCUGCCGCGCGGACCCACAUUGACAUUUAAAGUGCAUCAAUUUACGUUGGCACGGGAUGUUAUCUCGCAAAAUAAGAAACAAUUUGUGGAUGAAGAUAUUUUCAAGCAUUCACCUUUGGUGGUGAUGAAUAAUUUUACAGGGGAUGGUAAACAUUUAAAAUUGAUGGCAUCUACAUUUCAGAACAUGUUUCCAGCUAUAAAUUUGGCAGAGGUCAAUAUUGCCACUAUCAGAAGAUGUGUGUUGUUUUCUUAUAAUCCUCAAACGAGUUUAGUGGAAAUGCGUCAUUAUUCUAUACAAGUGGUACCCGUUGGAUUAACUAAGGGUGUUAAGAAAUUGGUCAUGGGUAAAAUACCCAAUUUGGCAAAAUGUGAAGAUAUUGCUGAUUUUAUAAUGCAAGAUGGCAAUGUCUCCGAAUCAGAAGCUGAAGACGAUGAAAAUUCACAAGUAGUUUUGCCUCAAACUCUCAAGCGUAAAGGUAAUUUGGAAAAUAACAAGUCAGCUGUACAACUGUAUGAAAUAGGUCCCCGUAUGACCAUGCAAUUGAUGAAAAUUGAGGAAGGUUUAUUAACUGGUGAGGUACUCUACCACGAUCAUAUUGUUAAGACAGAGGAAGAGAAGGAAGAGCUACGUAAAAUGAUUGAAAAGAAACAAAAACUUAAGGAACAACGUAAAAAACAACAGAAUGAAAAUCGUGCUAAAAAACUAAAGGAAUUGGAAAAGAAAAAUAAAAAUUCACAACAAAGUUCUGCAGCAGCAGCCGCAGCAGAGGGAGGAGAAGAAGAAAAUAACUACAGCGAUUUGGAAGAUGAUGCUGUUUACUAUAAGGAAGAAGUGGGCGAGGAACCUGAUGAAGAAUUAUUCAAAUCUACAGAACCUGCCAGCCGUAAGAGACCAAAACUACCACACAGUUUAAAGAAUCAUAAAAAACCUAAGUUGGAAAAGAAGGAUUCCUUCUCUAAAGAUAAAAACAGCUUUAAGGACAAAAAGUUUGGCGGUAAAGAUAAGAAAGGUGGUUUUAAGAACGGUUUUAAAGAAAAGAAAUCUUUUAAAUUUAAUAAAAGAAAAUAAACCACAAAUUUUAUCACUUAAA